AUGGCUGACGCUCAAAUCGAGAAAGCGUAUCAAAAGCAACCCAUCUUCCAAAACGCCAAAGCCCGUGGCGGAAAGAAAGUUUCGACAAAGGAGAAGCGGUGGUACAAGGAUGUUGGUCUGGGAUUCAAGACGCCAUCGGAAGCCAUCAACGGGACAUAUGUUGACAAGAAAUGCCCCUUCACUGGAGACAUCUCCAUCCGUGGCCGUAUCCUGACUGGCAAGGUGGUUUCCACGAAAAUGAACCGAACACUCAUCAUUCGCCGGGAUUACCUCCACUACAUUCCCAAAUACAACCGUUACGAGAAGCGCCACAAGAAUCUGGCUGCCCAUGUGUCUCCCGCCUUCCGUGUUGAGCUAGGCGAUGUUGUCACUGUCGGGCAAUGCCGACCACUGUCGAAAACUGUGCGGUUCAAUGUGCUGCGGGUGGCGAAGAACAAGGCUGCGAGCAAGUCGUUUGGAAAGUUCUAG